GCUCCAAACAACACAGGAGUGAGGCUGGGGUCAGUUGAACUCACUGCGGUAUGGAGCAAGACACCUUCAUUUCAUCAAUGACACGAACAGGAGGAGUACGCAUGAACUUUGUUAACAUUAUUUGAGAUGUUAUAAUGACAGCAGAGUAACUAAACAAACAGGAGAAGGUCUUAAACGGUGCCGGAGAACAACCAACGCACAAGAGAGGUUCCUGCAAUUUUCUAUUGUGUUGGCUGAAAGGAUGUUGGUCUUCACGCUCUGCCUGUAUUUAUGGUCCUGGCUGUCAUCCAUUCAUGGUCUGGAGUUUCGCUAUCAUAACAGCGUGGAAACGGAGCAGUACCUGAAAAACAUCAGCAGGACGUAUCCUGAGAUCACACAUCUACACAGUAUCGGCCAGUCUGUUGAAGGAAGAGAACUUUGGGUCUUAAUACUGGGUCAACAUCCCAGAGAACACAGAACGGGCAUCCCGGAAUUCAAAUAUGUGGGCAACAUGCACGGAAACGAGGUUGUGGGGCGUGUGUUACUGCUUCAACUGAUCAAUUACCUGACCAGCCAUUACCUGAAGGAUCCGCUGGUGACACGUAUGUUGAACAGCAGCCGUGUGCACAUCCUGCCAUCCAUGAACCCGGAUGGCUUUGAGUCAUCUGCCCGGGACUGCACGUACACAGUGGGCCGGUAUAAUAAGAACGGUGUGGACUUGAAUCGAAAUUUCCCGGAUGCAUUUGAUAUUAGCAAUGAGGAGGAAAGGGAGAAAGAAGUCAGGGCAGUGAUGGACUGGCUGAAGACCGAGACUUUCGUCCUGUCGGCCAAUCUCCACGGAGGUGCGGUGGUGGCCAGCUACCCCUACGACAACAGCAACAGAGGAAGCGAGCUGCAAGGAGGCAAGAGCAUCUCCCCCGACGACGACGUGUUUAUCCACUUGGCGAGAACCUACUCCAACAGCCACACCGAAAUGCACAUGGGUGUCAGCUGUACCGACUUCACGGACUUUGUCGAUGGCAUCACUAACGGAUACCACUGGUAUCCUCUAUCAGGGGGAAUGCAAGACUACAACUAUGUGUGGGCACAGUGUUUAGAGCUCACACUGGAAAUCUCUUGCUGCAAGUUUCCAGAGACACAGCUUCCUGGCCUAUGGGAGGCCAACAGACCUGCACUACUGGCUUACAUGCAGCAAGUACACCUAGGGGUGAAAGGAGUAGUGAUGGAUUCACAUGGGAAGCCUGUGCAAAACGCUGUAGUUGAGGUGGCGGGAAGAAGAAACCUGUGUCCAUUCAGGACCGAUCGUAAUGGGGAGUACUACAGACUGCUGCUGCCCGGCAACUACACCAUCACGGUGACAUAUCCAGGACACAAGACCCUCACGCAGACCAUUAAAGUGCCAUAUGGUCCAGACUCAUUCUCUGCCCUGACACACAACUUCCUCCUUCAGCAGAGUGACAACAGCUUAACAGUAACACCACCACCCCAGUACUGCGCCACUCCACAUCUGGAAAACACAGCAACAGAUCUGAUGAGGAACAGCACCCCCCUGCUGCCCAGUGUAAUCAUUGCACUUACCUUAUUCAUCCUCCAAAGACUGCUGCUGUCCUGAGAUGGAGCAAAGGCUUUAAUGGACACAUCAAGGACAAAGUCAUCUGCUUUUCUUGCACAUUAAUAUUUUUUUUUCUUCUGUACUAAAUAAUGACGCCAUAUCUAGCAUUGUCAAACAAUUUGAAUAAAUAUUAUACGUGGAGCAUGUAAAGACUUGAUCCACAGCCUUGUUUGGUGACAGUGGUUGCAGUGCCACAGGGCGUGUUGGCAAUUCUUUUACCAAGAACUGCUCAACCACUUUAACUAAAAACGUAUGCGUUUUGGGGGCUUGAAAACAGAUUUCAAAGUGCAAGUUUUUGAAAACAAUACAGUUGAACGCAAAACCUUUAAAAAAAAAAAAUCAAAGGAAAAAAGGUUUCUGUUCUUAGCACAUUGUUGUCUUGUUAACGUACUGUUAGUUUCAAAUUCCUUCUGCAUUUCAUUUAAUGUUUUAUAAUGCUGUCAAAUUUAAGAUGCCUGCUUAUCUGCUUUCAAUAUUGGAAGACCAGUUUCUACAAUACUGGCAUAUGAAGAUUAUAUAAGUUGAAGGGUAUGUGUAUACAGUUUUUAACUCUUUGAGAAACUUACUAGUCAUGACUGUUUUAUGAUUUGAAGAUGCUGCAGGUAGUUUGUCAGGCAAAUGAUCUUAACCUUUUGUAUCUUAAUGUGUAUUUGCAGCUGUGUAACAUGAAGACUGAAAACAACCAAGCCAAAAAAAAAAAAAAAACUGGUGCUCUUUCUACCUCACUGAGUCUCACAUUACAAAGAUUGGCAGUGCCUUCAAAUAAACAUCAUAAACACAGGA